AUGUCCGCUCCUGAGAAAACCAGCUCUCCAAUUGUGGAGACAAGGAACUCCAACGAGCACACCCAAACGGCUCACUCAGUUUCUUCCGACGAGAAGUUGGGCCACAAUGGCUCUGCUCAAGAGAAGUCCUUCCCUAACGACACCUCCUCGGAGGAAAUCGUCAUUGGUUCGACCAAGUCGUUUGGUGUGAGAAAGAACGAGCUUUUGUCCGAGCACUACAAGAACAAGCGUAACUGUGUGCUUCUUUACCUUUGCUUGUUCUGCUCUGCCUAUGUUUUCACCUUGGACACUCGUAUCAGAAAAGUGCUUACUUCCUACGCCACCAACAGUUUCGCUGACCACUCGCUUUUGUCCACUAUCGCUGUGAUCAGAUCGGUGGUGGCUGCUGCUUCUUUGCCAUUUUUCGCCAGAAUGUCGGACAUGUACGGUCGUGUCGAGUUGCUUUUGGUUGCCGUGAUUUUCAAGGCCAUGGGGUCUUUGAUCGAGUCGCAAUCCGGCGAGCUCUCCAGAUUCGCUGCUGGUGCCGUUAUCGACGCUUUUGGCCAGGCCGGUAUCAAGGUCAUGUUGCGUUUGAUCAUGUCCGAUAACUCCCAGAUGAACUGGAGACUUUUCGCCAUUUCCAUCGUCACCUGUCCCUACAUCAUCAACACCUGGGUGUCCGGUAACAUUGUGGACAACUUGACCGACAACUACUCGUGGCAGUACUCCAUCGGUAUGUGGGCUUUCAUUUUCCCGCUUUCCAACAUCCCCAUCAUGUGCUGCUUGAUCUGGACCAGACUCAAGAUGCGCAAGGAGCAGGCCUUCAUUGAUCUUUGCCAGGAAGAACAGGACUCUUACGUUGACAUGAACAACAGAAUCGCCGAGGUCAGAAGCAGCAGCAACCACAAGUUUUCCAGCAACAUCAGGGCCUUCUUCAUCAGAAGCUACUACUACCUCAGGGAGUUCUUCUGGUUGUCCGACGUGAUGGGUAUCUUCCUUUUCACCAUCUGCGUUGGUUUCAUUUUGGUGCCAUUGACUCUUGCUGGUGGUACCACCUCCAAAUGGGGACAUGCCUACGUCAUUGCUCCAUUGGUGAUUGGUUUCUGCUUGGUUCCUGUUUUCGUCUACUGGGAGCUCAGAGGCGCCACCCACCCUAUUUUCCCCUUCCCUCUUUUGAAGGACCGUGGUGUCAUUGCCGCCUUGUGUAUCGGUUUGUUCUACAAGUUCGUCUACUUGAUGCCUCACGACUACAUGUACCCCGUUUUGCUUGUCGGAAUGAACGCCUCCAAGGCCACUGCCACCCGAAUCGGUUCUUUGAACUCGUUUAUGAUUGCCGUUGUGGGUCCUCUUCUUGGUUUGGUGGUUGCUCGUGUCAGGAGAACCAAGGGUUUCAUUCUCGCUGGUAUUUCGCUCUGGUUCAUCGGCACCGGUAUGCUUUACUACUUCCGUGGUUCCAACGACGGUAUUCACGACAAGAGAUUCGUUGACGGUGUCACGGGCUCCAUGAUUGUUUUCGGUUUCGGUUCUGGUUUGUUCGCUCGUACUAUCGAUGUCUCCAUCCAGUCUUGUACUGACCACGAGUACAUGGCCUCCGUCACCGGUGUCUACAUGGCUACUUACAAAUUCGGCUCUGCUCUCGGUGACUGUGUUUCUGGUGUCAUGUGGACCCAGAGAAUGUACGACACCAUCGUCGACGAGAUGAAGAAAAUGGGUGUGGAUACAUCCUUGGCCAAACAGGCCUACAAGAAGCCAUACAACUUUAUCGAUGUCCACACUUGGGGCACCCCAGCCAGAAAAGCCGUUGUGUUCGCUUACGCCGACGUCCAGAGACUCUUGUGUAUCGUCGGUCUUUGCUUGUGUGUUCCUAUGCUUUUCGCUGGUUUCUGCUUGAGAGACCACAAGUUGGAGGAGGUCCAGGCCAUGGGUGCCGACGACGGCGAGCUUGGAGCUAUUGGUAAGGCCGAGAAGCUCAACAAGGGCAAUAACUACGUCCAGGUCAACUCCAAGGACGACGAUUUGAUCUUCAAGUACUUGAAGAAAUGGGGCCACCAGCUCAGAGGCAACAAGGCCUGA